UGUUGCGUAACGACGGUGCCUCCGCCCCUCGACCCGCGCAUGCGCAGACGCUGCGUGCGCUCCGCCAUUGAGGGAGCCACUAUCAGGAGGACGGGGUCAGAGGCACUUCUUCUCCGACCGCCUGCAGCCGCACGCUUCUCCAGCAUUCACACCGCGACUCCGGGCUCCAGACGCCGCUUCUCAAAGCCUGACUCGCACUCGUCGUGAUUCCCGUGGGUGAAUUCGCUCGUCAGCUGCGUGUACCGCCACCACAGAAGACCGAGUGUCUUGUUUCUUUUUAAAACCAGACUGUGAUAGUAACGGGCAGCUCAGCUAGCAGCAGCAGCUAUUGCGAGGCUUCGGCAGGCUAGCUGACGUUAGCUAGCGCCCUGGCUAGCUAGCUAGCCGCACACGAGCUGAGCAGUGCUCGCUGGUGCGGGCGGGGGGGGGCGGUGUGCCUACAGUGUCGUUUGAUGGAUCCGAGGAUCGCCUGGUUUCAACCAGAACAACGCGGACCCGCUAACAACCUGUGGAUGCAGAUCUGGGAGACGACCCAGGGGCUCGGCUACUUGCACGUCAAUAACAGCUACAGCAGCGGAUCGCAGAAAGCUAGCGUCAACGGAGCCGUCCUCGGCAGCAGGAACGGGGCGCUCGACUCCAACACCGCCGGCAGCGGGGAGCCAGGAGCCAGGACCCAGGGGAUGUCGACCUCAACGGGGGACGGAGGAGUAACGGAACAGCGGGACUUUAUACCUCUGGAAACCAACAACAGCAACUACAACAACCGAGCCCCUGGCAGGGGCGGUGUCGGUGUCGGAGGGGGGCAGCAGCAGGGCAGCGGGGUCGCCGUGCUCUGGAGGGGGCUGACAGACGGACACCCCAACAAAAGGAAAAGAGACAACAAAGCCAGCACUUUCGGAUUCAAUGCCAGCCUCUUGAACAGCGGCCCCGACACGGGAGGCUACGAUGGUUACACCGGCACUCCGUGGAAAGUCAGGAACUACUCGGAGGGAAUAGUUGGGUUAAACGAGGAGAUCAAUGAUUUCUAUGACUACAUCUCCCCACGACCAGAGGAGGAGAAGAUGAGGCUGGAGGUAGUGGACAGAAUAAAGGGCGUCAUUCACGCCCUAUGGCCCAGCGCUGAGGUCCAAGUGUUUGGGAGCUUCAGCACCGGUCUCUACCUUCCAACGAGUGACAUUGACCUGGUAGUUUUUGGGAAGUGGGAGACGCUGCCGCUCUGGACACUGGAAGAGGCGCUGCGCAAGAAGAAUGUUGCAGAUGAGAACUCUAUUAAAGUUUUGGACAAGGCUACGGUUCCCAUCAUCAAACUGACAGACUCUUUCACUGAGGUCAAAGUGGACAUCAGCUUCAAUGUAAAGAGUGGCGUAAAGGCUGCUCGCCUCAUCAAGGAAUUUAAAGAGAAAUACCCUGUGCUGCCUUACCUGGUCCUGGUGCUGAAGCAGUUCCUACUGCAGAGGGACCUCAAUGAAGUUUUUACUGGAGGAAUCGGUUCCUACAGCCUGUUCCUCAUGGCUGUCAGCUUCCUGCAGCUCCACUACAGGGAGGACGUGUGCAGUCGCAACAUCAACAUCGGUGUUCUGCUCAUCGAAUUCUUCGAGCUCUACGGUCGUCACUUCAACUAUCUGAAGACUGGCAUCAGGAUAAAAGAUGGAGGUUGCUACGUUGCCAAAGAUGAGGUUCAGAAGAAUAUGAUGGACGGCUACAGGCCCUCCAUGCUCUAUAUCGAGGACCCACUGCAGCCAGACAACGAUGUUGGCCGGAGUUCAUAUGGUGCCAUGCAGGUGAAGCAGGCGUUCGACUAUGCCUAUGUAGUGCUCAGCCACGCUGUGUCCCCCAUCGCCAAGUACUACCCCAAUAAUGAGACUGAGAGCAUACUCGGCAGAAUAAUCCGGGUGACACAGGAAGUGGAUGAAUACAGGGAAUGGAUCCGAAAAAACUGGGUCAGCCCGUCCCAGAAUGACCUGCCACUCAACAGAAAUGACGUCACGCUAUUUGAGUCCCAGCAGCUCGAUGAGUGCAACAACAACGUUCCAGACGAUGACGACGACGACGACGAUGAUGUUGUUGUGGUUCUACCGUCGACCCCCCACAGCAAAAACUCUUCCAACUCCUCUUCUCCAUCCCCUUCACUGCGCUCCUCUCCUUCCUCCUCUCUGCUGUCACCAUCCUCAACGUCCUCCAGUUCCAGCGAUGCGGACUCUGAUGGCACACCGUGUAAGACAGCCAAGCAGCAGUCUGGCCGUGGCUCCAGCGCCCACAGAGAAAAGUCGGCUGCCGUCAGUAAUCACCGAACACAGUGCCACAAUACCAGCACUCCAUCUGGAAGCAACAAGGGAGGAAAGGCCAGGAUGUCUCGCUCCCACCACAAGAGUGGCCACCACGGGCAGCAGAGCUCCUCCUCCAGCACCAAAAGUCAUCCGAGCAACAAGCCACAUCACCAGGGCAACAGCAAGAAGAGGAAAAAUGUCCGGGACUCUACACAAGACGAUCUCUGCAGAUAGGGGUGACCUCGCCUGGCCCUCCCCAGUCCCCCCGUCCUCGUCUGCAAACUGACUGCCUGUCAUGUCCCACUUCUGCUGCCAGACUCCAGCCUCAGGAGGUUGUUAGUAGUAUUAUAACCUCUUCAGCGUCUGUCUCUAUCAAGCUUUUUGAGAUGACAAGCAACUAUUUCUAGCAGAAAAAAUAAGAACAAAAAAAAAAGAAUCGUUAUAGGAAAUGGGGUUUAAUUUCUUGGACCUGAACUGAAAUCGCAAAGGAUAAAUGUUCAUUUGCUUCCCUACAGCUUCUUUUAAGGAGCAGUUUUCUUUCCCUCAGUCAGCACCAACAUAACAUGCCUCUUGCGCCUCCUGCUGUCCAGGAGUAGAGAGGUUGUUUGUAUGGAAUAUACUCUGGAGUGAAACCUGGAGCUACUGGCUGGAAAAAUAGGAUAAAAAAUUUUAUCCCCCCAAAAAAAACGCAAAUGGCUUAAAAUGUAUCAAAAACAGAAAUGUUAUGUUUAACAACAGAAAAAUAUGUACACAGAUUUUUUUAAAGAUGGUAACAAAUGCAAUCAGUGAGAGUGAGACAUAACUUAUGCAUGAGAAUUUCUUUUUGUUGGUUGAUUUUUCUGUGGGUUUAAUCUGUUUUGUCUAAACAGGUUAUACAAGGAUUUGUACAAAAACGCACCAGAAAAAAAAAAAGUUUGAAAAAUACAAGUAAGAAAAGAUUGUUUAUUAUGACGUUUUUACAAGAUAUACCGAUUGAAGACAUGUAAACAUGCACAUCUUGCGCCUGCAGCUUUUCGGCCAAAGCCGAGAGCUGGUUCGGGUCCCAUUGCCAACAUGAAUCAUCAGCAUCUACUUUUAUUCUCGGUUGCUCUCUGUGAGUGUGCUACAGUGUUAAAAAGAAUUUAGCCUUGGGUGAGCCAGUGCUCGCAUACAGCCCUAAAGAUGACUGGUUGAGAGAUCAUCAUCUCGUCUCAAUAGCACAGUCACACCAGUGUAGAGGCUUUAAGACAACAGGUUUAAAUCCAUAUGGGGGUGAAAAUGGUUUUAUUGAAAAAUCCUACACUUGAAAAAAAAAAAAAUUGUGUUAAAAAUACAACUGUGGAUGAUGAUCUGUUCCUUCGGCAAUUUGCCGACUACAAAAAUCAUUUGUAUUUGUUAAAUGUAUUUAUUUUUUUAUUAAUUAUAUGAACAUAGUAUGGAUAAAUGUAUUAUUAACAUUAGAGCCCAUAUCUUUUUGAGUCCUAUAUUUGAAAUAGGAUAUAUUUGGGGAGGUGGGCUGGAAACUGGUAUAUUCAGGUACAGUCAAAAUACCACCUUUUUAUUUAAUUGGGUUGUUUUUCGUUUGAUUUUUCUUCCGUGACAGUUGAGUGACCAAGUUACUUUGAAAAGCUUGAGAGAGACCACUUUGUCCUACAGUGACAAUUGUAUUUUUAAUCUGUGGCUGGUCUACUUACUUCAAAAGGGAGCGGAUUGUUGUUUUUUUUUAAUUUUAAUUUUAUUUUAUAAACUGUCACAGCAACACAAAUACAUUCAAAAUGUCGACCCCCUUCUGUCAUUGCAGUUACAACACCUAUCCUGUAGAUGGAGUCAUUGCUCUUGAGUCUUGAUCCACACAGAGUUUGGGCUUGUAUACUGCAUUUGGACGGGUUUAUCUCUGCAUCGUUUCUUUCUGAUAAUACCCUGAUAGAUUUAAAGUGAUCGGACAGCUGCACAUAGAGAACCCAAUAAGCUGGGUGCUUGCUGGAGGGAGUGACACACCAAAGCACAGUGCAACCCCCUGUCCAUCUUUACCUUUUGUCCCAGACAUGACAAGAACCACCCACAGUGAAAACUGGUAGCCAGCAAUAACUACCCACCUGAUGAUCACUUCAAUGGCUGCUGCAGCUGCACAGUGUCCAUCAUGUCCCGUGUUUUAAGACAGUGAAGCACAUUAGACUUGCAGCCCAUUACGAUGGUGUUGAAAUGUUAAGGUUCCGUGCCCCUUCCCAUCAUCCCCCAGUGCUACAGCUGCGGUCUAAAUGCAGUAUAUAAAGGCUGGUCUUGUGGUAGGCAGGACUAGGAGAAAGGUAAAGUUAGCAGCACCACCUGAAUGUCCACUGACCAUUUCUUCUUCACUGUAGGAAGACUUCAAACCCAACUGUACUCAUCUGAAACGUUGUUUCUCUGCAGCUAUUACAAUCCAUGCAAUAAAAAAAACAGUACAAUGAA